UAUUUAGGUUGUGGGCAUUCCGGAAGGGAUGGAAGAAUCGUAGGUGGGUUCGAAUCCGAAGCUGGUAAUUGGCCUUGGAUGGCUGCUAUAUACCUUAUAACCCAUCGUGGUAGGGAAUAUUGGUGCGGUGGUACUUUAAUUGACAAUCGUCAUGUGAUUACGGCAGCUCACUGCUUGGUGCAUAAGAGUGGGCGGAAAUAUCACCCACGCUCUAUAAUUGUCAGGUUAGCCGCUCAUAGGAUAUACAAUCACUACGAUAGGAAGAAUACUAUAGACGUUUACGUAACAAAAACUAUACCUCAUGCUAAGUUUAUGAGGCACGGAUUCUAUAAUGACAUAGGAAUUAUCCAAUUAGCAUCCGAAGUUAAAUACAACAUAGAUAUAUCUCCAGUUUGCUUGCCCUCUAUCAAAAUGGCAGACAACAAUUUAGAAGGAUACAUGGCUACCGUUUUGGGAUGGGGCGUGAUAUCUUAUGGUGGAAGAAACGCAGAAACAUUGCAGCAAGUGUCCGUUCCAAUCUGGAAUAAUGUGGACUGUCAGAAGAGGUAUGUGCAGAAAAUUACAAAAGGUAUGUUAUGUGCUGGUUACCACGAAGGACUUAAGGAUGCUUGCCAGGGAGAUUCUGGAGGUCCUCUGAUGGUUCCAAACAACAGUAGGAGAUGGAUACUAGUCGGAAUCGUGUCUUUUGGUAGUAAAUGUGGAGAAAAGGAACAGCCCGGUGUGUAUACUAGAGUUACAAACUACUUAGAUUGGAUUCACGAAGUUACUAAAGCUUAAAACUAUGUGAUGAUAUUUAAAUGCCUUGUUGUAAGAGGUGAUCUAAAAUGCCAUUGUAAAGCUUUGAGCGCACAAAAAUUAUGUGUUAAUUGCCUCUUCGUGCCUCGAGUGCAAUAAUAAUAAAGGCCAAAAUGUAGACAUUAAAUGAAUUUCAAAUAACAUUUAUUUAUGAUAAUAUAAUGAAUUUCUUCUAUGAAGCAUCCACUCUACCAAAAGUCAACAGUGUGGAUAUGAAGAUUCAAGACUGAAAAGACUUAUGAAAAUGCUUUACUUAUAUCUUUGGGAUACUUAAAUAAUUUUUUAAUAUAAAAUUAUAUAUUAACAGAAAGCCAAAAAUCUAAUACUUACAUUUUUUA